AUGGGUACUUAUACGGUGCACAAAGUUGAUAAUAAUGAUCAUUUUUUGUGGUUUGAUAGUUUUAAAGCAGCCAAACACCACAUCAAAAAAUUUGAGGAAUCCACUUGUCAUUUUGUAAUGCGCAGCGUCACUGAAAAGGAAGGUAAAAUAAACCAGAACAGUAAGUAUAACCGUCGGACAGUAUCAAGACGCCUUCGGGAUCAAAUUAUUGAAGCUAAGAUAGAGGAUAUCCCACACGAAUAUAGGUGUUAUGUACAGUUUCCCCGCGUUGAGGAUCACAAAGGACAUGAAACUGGUGCAGAUGCUGCAAUUCUUCAAAUGCCCAAUGAAACAAGGUUUUUCACAGACAUGACAACAAGUGGGCCAACACCACCAACUAUUAAGAAAUCUUUGGAAGGAAUGAAAAAUUCCAUUUUUUCUGAUACCCAAACUAUAAAAGAUUUGCCUGUUGGUAGGAAAGCUGAGAUUAGAAAAAUUUGCAAUCUACUUACUAAAAUCAAAAAUAAUCUGUAUAAAGUUCCUUGUGAAGAGAAGUUAGCCAAGGCCAAGGAACAUCUCCAGACUGCUCAAAAAAUUUUAUCAAGUGCCUGUGCAGUUGACAGUAAGUCAAGUGGAAGGUCAUCACUGAAGAAGAGGAAACCGGAAGAAUCUCAAGUUGAUCCUCUUCCUAGAAAACUUCCCAAAACGACCACUUUAGAACAAUCAAGUAAGCUGUCAGUGCAUGGUGAGACACAAAUCACAGCAGUGCAGGUUAUUCAACUAUUCUAAAGAUUUUUUUUACUACAAAAAUCUUGGAUAUCAAUUCAAAGAGAGACAUUUAUCAAGUAUAUUUGAGGCUUGCCAUCCCAAAACUAGUGUACUGUCACUAAAUGUUAAACUGAGUAAUCAGCAUUAGAAUGUGCCAGUAUUGUAUACUUUAGUACAGAGAAGCUAUAAUACUUUACAGUGAUAUGUACAGAGAAGCUGUAAUAUUUUUAUUCACAACUUUGGCAGUUUGUCGGUUCCAGUAAAUGACUGUAGAAUGUGAAUGUAUUAUAAAGUCAGUUUCCUUGUUUUAGUCACUGAUGCUGGUACCUCUGUAGUAGGGUAUAAACGCAAGUACUGUAUAAUAACUAAGAAAGUAUAAUACAUACUCCAAGUAUUGAAAUACACGCCAUCAUGUUGGGAUUCAAUAUUUCGACAUUAAUUAUGUCAUCAUCAGGAACGAUGGGGUGGAGGGUGGUAAAUCGAAUAGGAAGACUUCACUACUUGGCAAAUACUCCCAUGAUUUAAAAUGGAGUCACAGGAUUGCUUUGUUGUGGCUUUGGGCCACUUGAACUCGCUAUGAGCUUGAAGGUUAUAGUUGAUAUUUGUUUUAUCGGUUAACAAAUUAUGAUUGUUCAGUUGCUAAAUUUGAUCAAUACCCUGUAUCAUCAACUUUUUAACUAUUUAUGUGAUGUUUUAAUAAAAUUCCAAAUUUUUGCAAGAGUUU